AUGAAAGACAAAAUCUACUAUUUCGCCACAUUCAACCUCCCGGCGCUCCUCUCCCUUGCGGAACAGCGUCGCGGCCAAUCUUGCACCUGCGAUGUAACCCAGAUGCCAAAGUGCGGCAGCUUGAACUGGGUCAUCUUUGUUUGCUUCCAAGACGGGGUUGAAUGGGUCUUCCGCUCUCCGAAGAGCGGCAUUGAUAGCUUUUACUCCGAUGAAACUACCUCCAAGAUUCUUGUCAGCGAAGCAUCUACAUUGCUGUAUCUCAAGACAAACACUUCAAUUCCGGUUCCCCAAGUAUUUUCAUACAGUGGAUCUAGCGACAACGAUAUUGGCAUUCCAUAUAUUCUCCAGAGCAAAGCUACUGGCCGCUCUCUGGGAUCGUAUGCCUGGAGUCCGCCUCGAUACCAAGUCCCAGGGCUCCGACAUCGUAGCCCCCCGAUGCCUAUAUCCGAUCAUGACCGAGGCAAAGUCAUGAGCCAGCUUGGUGCCUUCAUGUCAGAACUAUCCGCGCACCGAUUCGAUAGGAUCGGUUCCUUAUUCCAAGAUGGAGAUACGAACUACGUCGUUAGUGAAUGCCUCUCGCCGUCUCUUACGUGGCAAGAAAGAGAUUCACUUGAAUUGGAUCGCGGUCCAUUCAAUAAUGAACACGAUUAUCUUGCUUCUAUUAUCUCAGCUUUCACCUCUCACUCUAAAGCGCUUUCGCUUACGCCGCACACCUUUUUCGCGCCAGUUCCUGACAUGGUGGAUUAUGAAAGUUUGUCAAGUUAUCAGAAAGCAUCGAGACGGUGGAAUGAUUUUGUCGCAAUCGGCCAAAAGAUCGAGCACAGUAAAAAUAUCGUCUUUUAUUGCCUGGCAGGUCAAUUUCUAUCCGAGAUGGUAAAUGAUCUGUCCUCGGACGGAGAAACUGGAUUCACGAUCUCCCAUCCAGACCUACAUCUUGGUAACAUCUACGUUGAUGAAGACUUCAACAUUACCUCUAUCAUCGACUGGAGUUCAGCAUCAACCGGCCCAGUAUCUGAGAUCCUUGCUGCACCGUCACUGGGUAACUCAGCUGCACCGCCAUCAGUGUUUCUUGCUGCCUCCUUUCGGUCAGGGUUCAUCCAGGAAGCUACCCAAAAGGCCCAAGACCUACCUGAUGGAGUUCUCUGGAAGAGGUCAGAGAGAAUGUGGUAUUUCAAUCGACUAACGCGCCUACUUUCCAAAAACGACUACCAGCUCUUCGGAAAGCUAUUUGAACUCAUAUACGAGAAGGACGCCUCUGUGGAUGGAAAGGGGAGGAUUUUGGGGCUCUUUCACGAGCGCGCUGGUCAGGACGAAAAUGUGAAGCUUCUGGCUAAACUUCAGGAGGAUGAUCUCUCGGUCGAAGAACUACAGGAAAGGGAGCGAGCUUGCUUCCCCCCCAAGAGAACUGUCAACACAGACUCUAUUGCUGUGGCGAGGAAGUUGACGCUGAUGUCUGAAAUGAACCCAUUGUUUCUUGCUGAUCAUCGAUUGUGGAAAUGGGUUGAAGAAGCUCGUGAGCAGGAUGAAUCUCAAUAG